GGGGCAUGUCCCCUGGCCAUAGCUUGAUCGUCUUUUCCAUCAGAGCAAGCACCUCCUCGUCUUCCCCGUCGUCUUCCCUGAGCAGCUUCAAACCAUUGUCCCCUCCAACGGCCACCCCCACGAGCCCCAAACCCGUCCAUCAAAAUGGUCGGCCUCAAGACUCUCGCGCUGCACCUGGCGGCCGUCCUCCCCGCCCUCGCGGCGCCGGUGGACAAGCCGGCCGCGGCGCAGGCGGUGCCCAACAGCUACAUCGUCACGCUCAAGCAGGGCGCCAGCGCGGCCUCUUUCGAGAGCCACUUGUCCUGGGUCGGCGAUGUGCACCGCCGCAGCAUCUCCAAGCGGGACACGACGGGUGUCGACAAGGUGUUUAACCUCGGCGCCGGCUUCACCGCCUACUCGGGGUCGUUUGAUACCGCCACACUACAGGAGAUUAAGAAGAGCGCAGAGGUCGCCUUUGUGGAGCCCGACCUGGUCUGGGACCUCUACAACCUCACCACGCAGCCAAACGCGCCGUGGGGGCUGGGUAGCAUCUCGCACCGGACGCCCGGCAGCACCGACUACGUCUACGACGCGGCCGGGUCGGCCGAGGGCCUGUACGCCUACAUCAUCGACACGGGACUAGACACGGAGCACGUCGAGUUCGAGGGGCGCGGCUCGCUCGGCUACAACGCCUACCCCAACACGGAGUUCGUCGACAAGAUCGGCCACGGCACCCACGUGGCCGGCACCGUGGCGGGCAAGACGUACGGCGUGGCCAAGAAGGCGUCGGUUGUCAGCAUUCGCGUUUUUGACACGGGAUCGUCCACAACCGCCAUCGUCCUCGACGGCUUCAGCUGGGCCGUCAACAACAUCACGGCCGAGGGGCGCCAGACCAAGUCCGUCAUCAGCAUGAGCCUGGGCGGCGGCCGUUCCGAGGCCUUCAACGCCGCCGUCGAGGCCGCCUACCAGGCGGGCGUGCUCACCGUCGCGGCGGCGGGCAACAGCGCGUGGGACGCGUCGCAGUACUCGCCCGCGUCGGCGCCCAACGCCGUCACCGUCGGCGCCAUCGACGUCGGCAACGCCAUGGCGUGGUUCUCAAACUACGGGCCCGUCGUCGACAUCUUUGCGCCGGGCGUCGGCGUCGAGUCGGCCUGGAUCGGGUCGUCGCACCGCGAGGCGGACGUGCUCGACGGCACCUCCAUGGCCACCCCGCACGUCUCGGGCCUGGUGCUGUACCUCAAGGCGCUCGAGGGCGUGACCGCGCUCGGCAGCCCCGCCGCCGUUACGGCCCGGCUCAAGACGCUGGCCACCAAGGACGUCGUGACGGGGCUGGAGGGGACAGAUAGCCCCAACCUGAUUGCCUUUAACGGCGCGACUGCCUAGACGUGGUUGUGUGUGUAUAUGGUGUGCUUGGAUGGUUAAUAGAUGAUGGGCGUUGGGCUAUGAUUAGGCUGGGUGAUGAUUAUGGAAUGGCGGGAUAUUGCACGGCAUGUUAGCUUUGAUUUACGACAUCAACUCCGCGUCUCGUUCGCCCCG